AUUCCCUUUUCCAGAAUGGAUUAUUUUCCCAUGAUUUUCUCUCUGCUGUUUGUGGCAUUCCAAGGAACUCCAGAAACAGCAGUCUUUGGCGCUGAGCUCAGCACCCGGGCUGAUAAUGAUAACGGAGUGGAGAAGCCCUCUCCCAGUGCACCCUGGCGGCCCCGCAGGUCCAAGCGCUGCUCCUGCUCAUCCCUGAUGGAUAAAGAGUGUGUCUACUUCUGCCACCUGGACAUCAUCUGGGUCAACACUCCAGAGCACGUUGUUCCCUAUGGACUUGGAAGCCCUUCUCGGUCCAGGCGCUCCUUGAAGGAUUUAUUUCCUACAAAGGCCACAGACGCCAGGAGCAGAUGCCAGUGCGCUAGCCAACAAGACAAGAAGUGCUGGAGUUUUUGCCAAACAGGAAAAGAACUCAGGGCCCAAGACACUGUGAAGAAAGGCUGGAAUAAAUCUAAGAAAGGAAAAGACUGUUCUAAACUUGGGAAGAAGUGUAUUCAUCAGCAGCUAGUGGAAGGAAGGAAAAUGAGAAGGUUGGAGGCCAUGAGCAAUAGCAUCAAAACAUCUUUUCGUGUUGCAAAGCUGAAAGCUGAGCUCUACCGAGAGCAGAAGGUGAACCACAACCGAACACAUUGAUUACAGAGCUUCUGGGACUGUCUGAAAACAUGGCCUCUGAGGAGAGAGACAUGUGGCCAACUCUGCACUCUCUCCAGGCUGGCUGGGAUCAGAGCAGAAGUGUCUUCCUUGCUUAGACCAUUUCUUUCUUGUUCCUGACUGGCAAAGGACCAGCGUCCUUGUUCUAAACAUUCCAAGAAAAGUUAAGGAGUUCCCCCAAACUGUCUUCAUUUGCUUCCAUCAGUGGUAACUGCUUUCGGCUCUUCUUUUGUUUAGGGAUGACAAUGGACCUCUCAGAAAGCAGAAAGACACAAGACAUUUGAAUUAGGGUGGCAUCCUCCGGAGGGAGGGAGGAUAUUCCACAAGAGGGUGGAGUUUCUAAAGAAGGUCCUAAGGGAGGGUCUGUGUCUGACUCAGGCGCCUGGCACAUUUCAGGGAGAAACUCCAAAGUCCAUGCAAAGAUUUUCUAAGGAAUGCACAAAUUGAAAACACACUUGAAGGACAAAUACUCCUGUUUAAAAAAAAAAAAAGACUUUAAAAAAAAU